CUUCAACAUCCAUCGUGUAUCGUGCGCUACGUUAAUCCGAGAGUGAAUUUAUUUGGCUCCCCCCUCGGCUCGUGUGAUUGCACGUUUCGUUUGUUUUGUUAUUUUUGUCCGUCGUGAGAUCGGUGUGUCCCGUUUCAACACUUGUGUGCUCGUGAUGUCAAAUGUGUUGCAAUAAAAGUGCUCGCUAUACGUCGGCAAAAAUCAAUCGUCCUUAUCAUGAAGGAAAUCGAUACGAUGAUGGAGCAAGAGAUAACGGACGUCGUGGCGGUCAACGACGAGACGAUGGACCUGAAGAUUCGCUCGAAUCCCAAGCCCUUCACCAUCGAGAGCCUCAUUGGCAGCGGCAGGACGAGCCACGACACCGUCAAAAAGAACAUCCAGGACAGUCUCAGCCAGAGGGACUUUUUUUAUCAGCAGCAUUGCCUGGCCAGCGGUGUGAUACCAGGUUUCCCCAUGCCGCUGAGCUUGUACGGUGCCUGGCUCCAGCAGCCCAUGCAGCGAAUUUACAGCGGCGCCAGUCCACCCUCGAAUCUUCAGCACAUGUCGCACUUGCCCAGCGAGGCUAGUCAACAGCAGCAACAACAGCAGCAGCAGCAGCAGCAACAACAACAAUUUACUCUGGAUCAUUUGCAAAGCGCCGCGGCCUAUCCCGACCACAGAGCCGCGGCAGCGCAUCUGUGCGCCGUAGCGGCGGCCGCCGCAGCGGCAACGGCUAAUUACAACACGGACGAGAGCGAGGACGAUCGCAGCCUGUCGCCCGCGUCCUCCGUCCACGACUUGUCCAAGUCGCAGCAUGGUUCCGAGAGCGGCCGGGCAUCCGUCGAGGACAACAGCGAGGACGAGUGCAAAGACGGCCUGGUCGUCUCGGGCGCUACCAGCGGGGGAGGCAGCUCGAGUCAAGGCUCCGCUUCGAACAACGCCGCAGCCAACAACAACGGGGUGAGCGGCGGCGGCGGCAGCAGCACAAGCAACAGCAGCAGCAGCGCCGCCAACAAAGCCAGACGACGAAGGACUGCCUUCACGUCCGAGCAACUGUUGGAGCUCGAGCGCGAGUUUCACGCCAAAAAGUAUCUGAGCUUGACCGAGAGGUCCCACAUUGCUCACGCGCUCAAGUUGUCCGAAGUGCAGGUGAAAAUCUGGUUUCAAAACCGGCGCGCCAAAUGGAAACGAGUGAAGGCCGGCCUGACCAGCAGCGGUGGCAGCAACCCCGCGGCUCGUCACCACGUCAACGGCUCGUCGUCCUCGUCGAGCCAGAGCAGCGGUCCGCGCAUCGUCGUGCCCAUACCCGUGCACGUCAGUCGUCUGGCCGUGCGAUCGCAUCAUCAUCACCUGGAAAAGUGUCCGCAGCCCGCGACGACUCAGCAGCAGUCGCAGCAGCAGCAACAACAGCAGCAGCAGCAGCAGCAUCAGAAGACGGGCUUGAAUCUGUCGGGUUGCGCGAAGAUACCCAUAGUCGCGCCGGUGCCAAGCGCCGCGGCUCUGAGCCUAGGCACGCCCGGGGCUCUGAGGGCCUUCACGACGCCUCGGCCCUCGAACGCCACGAGCUCCGCCAGGUAGCCCGCGCCGCCCUAGACUCGGCCACUCGCUUUGUUAUCGUUGACAGCCUGAGAGAGACUUUAUCAUCCUGUUUAUACAUACCGAAUAGAAGUGCCAAAUAUGAUUAGCGAUUAAUUACCGUUUAGGAAUCUCACUAGCCUAGUAUAGAAAAUAUUUAUAGAACUCGAUAAUUAUUGUAAAUAUAUUGUUCGUAGGAUGUAAGUUUUGUUGUUCGACGGUAUAUAGCGCGUGCGAGGAAAUGAAAUUUCUUCGCGGGACGUAAAGACGCGUCAUCGUAUUAUAUAUAUUAUAUCGAUGUAGCAUGUAAUCGAACUAGUCUGUGAACGGACAAUAAGCGACGUGCAUUGCAGGCUUAGUAUAUUAUAAUAUUAUACAAAAGGAAAAAUGCUAGUUCCCGGAAAGUAAUGAAGCAAUUUUUCAAUUUUUCACCUUUCAACGCGCCACAUUCACGGAAUCAUCGAAUCAAUUAUUGACGCGUCAAUAAAAAUGUAAAUAACACGCACGCGCCAACUUGUUUCUUCUUCGAGCGUACGAUACAUUCGCCAGCAUGUAUUAUAUACACGAGCUCAAGAUCACCACCCUCGCCUUUGCGCGGAAAAAUUAACCAUUAUCCGCGUAUAAAUGUGCAUAGAUUAAGUUGGCGCUGGUACACAACAACUCCCGCACACUCACACACAUACACACACAGGCACACAGAAAAGCGCCUAGAGAGACUUUGGGGAUUAUGAUAUUAUAUCGCAGCUUGAGUGACGGCUAUAGAGCAAUUUCUACGUUUCAAUAUAAGCCAACCGCAAAUUGCCAUUCUAGAUUUUAAUGGACGACUCUUGUACACCGCUGAGAUUUCGCGUUGCAUAUAUCAGCCAUAUGCGCGAUACACAACGGUGACAUGCUAGAGAACGUCGAGUCGCGUCGACGAGGGUCGCUGCUGCGGCGGCGCCCAAACUUUUGACAAAGCCUCGAUUAUUACACCCGCGCGCUUAUAGAUGAGCAAUACGUAAGGUUCGCGAUUCGUAUGCACGUGGACGUGUUCAUACUGCGAAAUAAACGCGUUGAAUUUUUCAGUCGAUAUGCGAUGCAUGAAUAUAUGUGUAUCGCAUCUAUAUCGUUCGCGUGUCUGUGACGCGUAAUUGUUUCGUUAAUAAUGCACGCGCCGAGAACGGCCGAUUGGCUUUUUAACGAAAGCUUAAUCAAGCCCUUUUAUGCCACACUGUUUUUCUUUUUUUUUCUUUUUUCAUGCAUCGAGUCUCGGUGUCGUCUAGCCGAUCGCUCGACUUUUUUAUUCGUGUAAAUAAACAGCUCCUCGAAAUAGGUUCCAGCCGAUCUGUACAUUUAUACAUAUAAUGCAGUAUGUAAAUCCGCAAUAAUCGAUGCUUUUUUUUACAAAUAUCUUUUCACGCAAACAAUCCGUAGCUCAAUAAGACUCGUGGCGCGGCUAUAUAAUCUUGUACAUAUAACGGAAAGCAAACGAUGUUUUAUUUAUAAAUAAAGCUCGAGCUGCGAGUUGGUGCAGGUGGGAAGGGAACGAAGAGAACAUUCGCCCGCGUAUAAGUAACGUGACAUAAACGAUCGAUGCGCGCUUUCGUGUACAUAAUGCAUACUGCAUAAAUAUAUGUCUGUGUGUGUGUGUGUAUGUGUGUACAUGUGUGUGAGUACACACGGAACAUAAUAAUAAGGGAGAUAAUCGCGAGCAGAACGCGCAUUUAUUAUAUUAUAUAUCGCCCAUGCGAGUUCGAUUUCUCGAGCUUCUGCAUAUUGAUAUCCGACGGCGCUGGCCGGACUGCGCUCGGUCGUGCCGUACGAAUUAGGAUUCGCGUGCACACUCACACAGACAUGUAACACAUAAACACACUCCUUUGACACACGCUUGCACGGAAAAAAUUGUCAAUUGAAUUUGUGACCAACUGUGGACUUGUACAUAUGUAUAAACCACAAUCUUAAUGGUUUUGACAUAAGAUCAUGAGUGAGUGGCUUUGCUUUCGAUUUUUGGCAUAUCGUUUGUAAUUUUUUUCCACUCGUGGGACGAUUUCCCGACCUCGUCAAACACGAACGACGACCGUACAUGUAUGAUGCCCCAUCUCAACUUUACUACGUAUAACGUUACGCAAGAGUCAAAUGCAAAAAAAUGUUAUUGUUUUAGACCUUGUCAAAAAUACGUCCCAUGAGUGGAAAAAAGUUUUGCGCGACAAAAUGAGAAUUCGCUCAGCGUUCACUUUGUGGCUUUUAAUUGUCGACAUUAAAUGAAUAUAAAAUUCAUUCCCGUACAAAGGAUCACAAAUUCAAUUCGAAUCUCUUUCCGUGUACGCGUGUGCUACCUAUAUGCAUCCGACUGCAGCUCGGCUCGAUUCACUGUGCACUCACAUCGUCGAAAAAGUUCUCUACGGAACCAGUUUAAUAUAGCAUACAAUUUUGACA